UGCUGUUUUUUUAAAAAUGGCGGCUCCCUGCGUAGGCAUGGUUCCCUUGGUUUCCUCUUGGCGGUCCUUGAGAAGAGCAAGGGAGCAGUGACAUUGAUCUUGUUUCGCCAUAACCGUUUCAUAACGCGUUUGACGAGUUGGAGCAUACAGAUAUAUAUAUUUUCGUCUUAGUUAUCAGGCAGUGCACAGAUGGCGUCUGCGGCCUGUCGGACAUGGCUCGCAUCUUCGCGAUGCCUGCGCGGUCGCGGAGUCGUCGUAAAACGGGCGCAUCUCUCCUCUUUUAAAACCCCUGAAGGAGCUGUGAAAUUUUGCUCUACUCACAUCUCCAGAAAAGACGGUGCCACAGCAUCGAAAGAACCACUUGACAGUAUUGGGGGCCCCGAAUACUUCAAGUCACUUUAUUAUUCAUUGCACGAAACAUCGACACACUCAACACCUUCUCAAGUCAAACCUGCUAAAGACGAGGGCCCAGGAGCUGCUGUCCUUCAGAUCCCCAAUAUUGCUGGACUGGACAGUGACGACCUCAGCACACUGCAAAAUGAAAUUGCCCGUGAACCCAAGCUGGAUGCACUGUCAACAAACAUUGAUGCAGAGUUUCUUGAUGAGAUGGGACCUGCUCUUCCAAAGGCUUUUAACCUGGCUGCAUAUGCCAACAAGUCCGCUACAGUGCAGCGGUUUGUGCAACUUGGUGUUGACUUGUCAGUGUUGGAAAAGAAAGGCCUUGGGCAGGAGAUAAUCGAACUUGAUUUUGAAAAGGAUGUGGAGCCAGUGAUCCAGUUCCUCACAUCACAUGGUGUGCCAGCUGAGCGACUUGGUUGGUGGUUCACUAAAAAUCCGUAUCUGUUUAAGCAACCUCUGGAGAACCUUCAGGUGCGAAUCGAUUACCUGCUGUCGAAGCGCUUCUCGCAAGAGGCUGUGACACGCAUUCUGAGCAAUGCACCACGGUUCCUUGCCUACCGUGUGAAGGACAUUGACCAACGCCUGGGCUUCCUGCAACGUGUUCUAUCACUGUCUGGUGCUGAGGUGCGCCAUAUCGUUACACGGUUUCCCAAGCUGCCAACGUGCAAGUUAUUUGGAAUCGAGCGCAACGCCUUUUCAAUAAAGGAGGAGAUGGGAUUCACCAUGGCUGAAAUGAAGCAGAUGAUCAUGGUUUGCCCAAAGCUCCUCAUAAGCAAUCAUGACAAAAUUGUUGGUGCCUUCACCUACCUUCAUAAAGAAGCAGGCCUGAGCCAUGCACAGCUGAUGCAAUUUCCGUCCAUCUUACGUACACGCGAAUGCAUCUACAAGCCUCGUCACCAAUUCCUCGUCAAGCUAGGCCGAGCACAGUUCGACGCAAAGGAGCCCAACUACGUCUCUCUGAAGGCCUUAGUUUCUGGUACUGAUGCUGUGUUCUGUGAAAAUGUUGCCAAAACAUCUGUGGACAAGUACAAUGAGUUUCUAAAGACACUGUGAUGUGUGUGGCUGUGAAAAAUUUAAAGAAGAAAAAUAAAUAGGGACUGGGCAGCUCGCCUAGUCCAGUUAAUGUAAA